GAGUUUCUGCCCAGAAAUUAUGACGUACAUUUUGUGUCACCCACACUUUUUUAAGUCUAUAAGACCCAAGGCUUUCCGUUUUAUUUUUUCUUCAUUUUUGACUGGUUUUUUGUUUAUUCCAAAAUGUUUUUUUGCUUCACCUUCGGGUUUGAAAACUUCAAGCGUAAAUCUCAUACUUCAGUUUAUCAAUGUCCAAAUUGUCAAGCUCGAGAUGUUUAUCUUGUAAAAAAUAAUCGAUGCUUUACGUUCUGUUUUGUGCCAUUAAUACCAUGUGGAUCUACCAAAAAGCUAUAUGAAUGCCAAACGUGUGGUUGGGUCAAUGUGCAGGCGCCUCCAUAUUAACCAUGGCUAUUCCAGAAAUAUACCCACCUUUUUUACACUUUACACUUUAAUCUUACUAUGAUAAUGUGCUUAAUUAAGCCAGACGAAUCUGGUACGGAGAAUGAUACUGUGAAGUAUUUUGCGUCAGCAAAGACCGGUUUAUGCAGCUCAAAACUUUUUUCCGUGACGCUGCCCCUUCCUUUUUUCUCCCUUUUCUUUUUCAUUUUCCUUUCCUUUUUGA